CAGAUAAUACUUAUCAAAUUUGUGGUGCUACAAUGGGUAUCAAACGGUUAGUAACAAUGAGUUUCGUUAAAUCGAAAAGUUGAUGAUUUAUUGAUAUUUAUUUAUUUAUUUCAUUGAUUUUAUUUUAACUAAACAAACAAAAACUAUUUUUCCUAAUUUUAUUCUCGUUUUCUUUCUUAAUUUUAUUUAAUUUGUAAAGCUAUAAAACGAUUACUUAUCGUCAAAAAACACUAUGCAUGUGUUUCACAUCCAUAGUGAGUAGCUCAAAUUCAUCCCAUUUGAAAGAACUCAUUUCACAUUUGUUCAUCCACAGCUUCUCACCCUUGGUCAACCUUGUAUUCCGCUGUCCCAUGCAAGUGAAAGCUUAUGAUUUUGUCUUAUUACCUGCAUGAUUUUAUUCUUUCAGAUAGAAUAUGUUACAAUUUUUGUUUUAACUUAGUUGUGCAUCUUCAAAUUGUCUGUGGACCAUUAAGAAAUAUGGAGGUAUUGUUGAUUUUUUUCUUUUUUUGUUAGUACAUGUGGUUAAUAGCAUGAUUAAUUAUCAAUAAUUAAAAGUAUUAAUCUUGGCAUAUUCUCAUGAAUUUAUCAACUUUUUAUAUUUAUCUUUGAUGAAAAGCGUGUAAGAUAAAGUGAUUAAAAAGCUUUUUUCAGUUUUUGUAAACGCAAGAAGUGCGAUCCCGUGGUACAAGCGUCCACUCGCACGACUUAACAUUCUCGUCUCGGGUUUAACCAUCUACAACCAUUUCAAUCAUUGCUUUCAAUCACUCUUGCUCAGUGGUGUACAUAUUUACAUUCAUUGUUUAAGAGAACCGAAUAAUAUUGUGUUUACAUGAGUACUCCGAGUGCUUAUCAACUGCUUAGCAUAACUUCUCCAAGAAUAACUAAUGUUAAACCUGCACCGGUGCACCAACCGCCUCCAAUGGAAUAAAGAGCAUGCACGCAACUGGCUUGGUGGAAGAUUGCAAGUGAACUGACUAUGAAUGAAGAAAAUUAAAUGAAUGAACCUCGGUGUUUUCAGUAUUUCUGCGCUGCACUCGAUUGGUACCCGAAGAUUUCCCGAAGGGAUGCUUAGGCCAUGCUUUGUUUAAUCUAACGUAACAACUCUUUGUUGCUUUAGAAUAUUGCAUAUCAAAUUUUAAAAUGAAAUUUGUUAAUUUGUUGUAUUGUAUUUUUUGAAUAAUUCAUCGAAAUCUAUAGAUUAUAUAAGAACGUACGGUAUUUAAUCUUAUAAUUUAGAGUCACCACGAUAAGGUCCAUUGACACAUGAGGUCCAAACCGAAGUCAUACAAAAUCAUGAAAAAGUCUGCGCCCCUGCGUUCUGGCGCCCACCCGACACCCAACCAGCAAAACCGAAGCUAUUGGAAAACUUUCCUGUGUGCCAAAGCGAGAGAAGAUGUCUUCUCUCUCUAGAUUAUGGAUGGUACAACGCCGCACGUGUAGCCUGGCAAGAAAUGAUGCACGAAAAACGGGAGAAGGGGAAACCGAUAUCCUUCGAACGACACGCAUACAUGCAUUGCAUUACGUUGAAAUCGAGCAGUUCAUACCUUACAUUGGAAGCGUGGCAAAUGGUGGAUAUGAGAUCAGUUAUAUGGCGGGGGAUUGUGAUAAAUUGACAGAAUCGUAGAUUUCUCCAAGGCGUGUUAAACUCGAUCGAAGUAAGCGAGCAUCUAUAUGAUUAUUUAAUAUUCCCGAUAUAUAGGCACUUUGCUUCUUCUAGACGAUAAUUAGAAGUACAUCAACGGUCUCCCUUUUUGAAGAUUGGUACUAACCACUCGGUCUUCCAUAAGCAUAGGAAUUUGCCGACUUUCGGUUAGCAGUAGUGCAAGCGAUUUCCAGCAUUUACUGAUUUUGAAAGCUGAAAUACCCUGUGGUCCGGGGAUCAAGGAUGGUUUGAGAUGUUUUAGGCAUUCAUCCACUGUACAUUCAGUGUAGGUCUCGCUCCAUCAACAAUGUUUGAUGAGGUGUACGAUAUUGCAAUGUAUAUUACUAAUGGGUCAUGUGUUGGGCCGGAGAAAGCAUCAGAGGAUCAUUGAGCGAACAGGUUACAAAUAUCUUUAGGUGUUGUGUCCAUCGCUCCAUUGACGCACUUUGAUAGGGAUUGCAUUUGAGUGUCGCCUAUUAAAGUGUUUACCAGUACAUUCAACAACUGUCCAUUUGUGUAUUACAAUCGUCUCAUUGAACAUACACCACAACAAACUGUGCCGAAUCUGACAGUUGUGCAAUCGAAGAUGACAAUUGUGUUAUUAAAUUGGCCCACACCCGCUGACGUUUGAUGAAGUGGUAGACAGCGGUGUCUAUUAAAAUAACAGUUAUUUAUUCGACUUAUAAACUGUUUAUCAAUGAAUCGACGACUAUGCGAAGUUUCCAAAGGACGUACCUUUCGAUGGAAGACAUUUAUUGAUUAUAUUUUAAUCUAUUAUAUAGACUGUACUCAUUCGUAGUGUGGAAAAGAUGUGCCUUAGUAUUGGUGUUUUAAAACAGCGGUGACAACGGAAUGCGGCAUUUUUUGUUGGUUUGAGAAUGAGUCUGUUAUCGCUCCAAGCCAAAUAGUGUACUGGAUGGAAGUGCAUCAUUCAUUCAGAAAUUGGCAUAUUUUUACUAAGGAUUAUUUUUGAGGCCAUACAUUUUUAAUUUUCAAUUUAUUUAAAUUACAAAACAAAUAAUUUUAUUUUUAUGAAUGGGUUUUGUAUAUCUACAUUGCACAAUAUAGCGCAUUUCAAUUGUCAUUUGUUAAAUGAUUUUUUUACAUUAAGUUUAACUAUAUUGGUAGUACUACUAUUUUACAUUAUUAUAAUAAUGUGCAUGCCUGAAACAUUCUUACAUUGAAACUUUAUACUCCAUAAGGCGUUUUUAUUAUUAUUCAGAAGGAAAUAAAUUAUCACGGGAAAAUUUUGAAAUAGAAUAGUAUAAAUUUCAAACAAUGAACGAAACUUUCAGCAUAUAGCAAUGCUUCAUAUACCUCCCAUUACCUUCAUAUACCUUCAUUACACUCCCAUCGCCCUACUACAAAGACCAUCCCCAUGAGUGUAAAUCCUUUCACCAGUAGUGCAUCCUUUAAGGAGGAUGCGUUCAAUAUUUGAUUACAACGUCUUGUCCACUCUCCUGCUUACCACAGAAUGACUAACGGCUCGUUUCACACAUGUUGGUCCACCAGCACGUCACUCUUGCCGACAUGCGUGUCCGUAAGAAUUUCGGCAGAAACGACUCAACAUUCCUUCCGUCUUGAUGUUACAAACAGGCCUUGCUGCGAAGGGUAAAACAACAACAACAGACCAUAACACUACACCACCCCGGACCAAACGCUAUACCUUCAACCGGAGUGUACCCAACCCGAAACCCGUUGACCGUACCGUUUGCUGAUGGGCCGUUUGUUUUCAACAACAGCUGCAACGGUAGACCAUCCCCAAGGUUACAAGGUUUGAAUUCCUUACUCAGCGCUUGCCUGUUUUGCUGUGACCUUUACAAAAUGUAACAAUCCGUCUAGCUGGAGCUGUACUUAAAAGCUACAGUGCAACAGGAUUGGAGCAUCAGUUGCGAAUGUGCCCAGCAAGAAGUGGCACCAGAGUGCAGUGAGGUGAAGUUCUGUGAACUGUGAUAGUGUUAAUAAGUUGUGUGUGAAACCCUGUGAAAGUUGUGGACAAUCAUUUCCAAAAUGUUGUUCCUCAACCGUUGGAGUAUAUCCUUGUUGGUUGCUCUACUAGCGCUGGACGCCGGAGUCGAUGCUUUUAAAUACUACAAGCGCAUGGGCCCACAUCGGUUUAGGCCCGUCUUUACUGGACCGAUCCGUGGAUCACGGUUUGGAUUUGUAAGAGCAGAGAACCCCAACGCCGAUGGAGCGAUGGACGCGCCCAAGUCGGGUGAGGAAAGCUCGGAAACGGUACCAGCGCAAGCGCCCGCAAUGAGCGACAUGGCAGUUCACGACCCGAAUGCACCUCAGAUGCGUGAAAUGGUUCACGAUAGUCCGCAUCCGGUCGAGAUCGAUAUGGGUCCGGGCAUGCAGGCACGCGUCAUGGGCUUCGAGGGAGAGCUGGAUGAGGGCAACUUUGGCCGAGCGGCAGAGGACGACGACAACGAGGAGGACGGUUCUUCCAAGUUCAGACAUUUCAAGAAACACAAGAAACAUAAGCACGUCAUCCACACCCAUCAUCACUAUCACCACAAGAAGGGAUACGGUGGACAUGGAGGCGGCUACGGACACGGUGGAGGAUAUGGACACCAUGGACAUGGCCACGGAUACGGCAAGCAUGGGCACGGUGGUGGCCAUGGAUAUCACGACGACCAUGACGGAGGCGAUGAUUACGAGCCCACCUAUGGUCAUCACGGACGGUAUCGCCGUUCGCCGAUGAGUGAGAUGUCCGGGCUGGAGGAUGGGGAGGAGACCCCGGUUGCUCAGGCUUUAGAUCGUAACGCGCCAACACAUUCAUCCCAGGACCAUCCUGCCCCGGACGAGCCAGGCAGCCCAACAUCGCCGCUGGCUGAGCCCGGAGCACCCGUUUACCGACAGUCCGUCAGCCGACGGCAGCUGGUGCGCACCAAGAACGAGCGACUGGCACAGAUUGGGCGAGAUCGAGCACAACGAGCGAACAGGUUACGAUCGAUGGCGAAGCGUAUGAUUGCAGGGCUGGGCGAGGGCGGUGGUCGCACGGGUCGGACGACGGGAGAGGAGAGUGCGGGCGAGGCUGUCGAUGGGUCUGUACCGCAGCAGCGUUGGCUUCACAGACGCCGCACAAAGUCGGAAUGGCGUCGUCGGGAUGCGAAUCCGGGUCGACGUCGUAGACCCAUGCCGGCCGACAAAGUAAUCGAAAGACGGGCACCGGAAGAUCUAGCUUCCACGAUCACUCCUGUGACCUCAGCUCCAAUGGUAGUGGAGGAGGUGGAUGUACAUGAGCAGGAAGCGCAACAAGAGUCGGACGAAGAUUCAGAAUGUGAGAUUUGCUCCAACUUUUACGUUGAUGAGCAGAAGCUGACCACAACCUCGACUACACCACGGGCUCCCGAGCAUCGGUUGGACGAAGUGCUCGAACCAAAACUAGCCCUGGAUGGUAACGCAAUUGAAACGGAAGAAAGCAUUGAAGAUCCCGAAGCUAGUCUGGUCGCACAGCGAGAUGAUCGCAAUGAAGCUUCAGCUAGACCCAACCAUUCAGGCGGGCGGAAUGCUCUCUGGCGUGGCCUUUCCAAGCGACUCAGUGCGUUUCGUGAGCGACAUGCAGGCAAGAGUGCGCACAGGAAGCCGCUGCCAGAGACGGAACCUCCAUCCACUAGGACGUCGACGAUGACGAACCUAACCGAUGACGAAGCGGUCGAUUCGAACGAAAUCGUCGAAUACUACCAGCAGGACCUCGGCCGAGUACUCUACCGGAUGGCGAAUGGACGCGUUCUCGAGGAACCACAGCGCUACCAUCUGCGCCGUAGUUCUGACGACGAAGCGGACGUUUCUCCCCGUCAACGACGGCUCAAUCGCAUCAACAAGCGCCGGAAGCAGUACAAAGACGCACCAGCGACGGAGGAUAAAACUCCCGCCACGAAGCCUACACCCAUCAUCAACAUAGGCUCGUUCGGUAUGCCAAACGGAGCUGCUUCGGUAUCGAACAUGGAAAACACGGGCGCUUCCCGCACCAUGGGCGGACCUGAAAUGGACAACUACAUCAUGCAGAAGGUGCGUGAAUACUGCAGCACGUCGUGCGGUUCUGGUAAAGUGGUCCCACCGCCAGUGAUCAUCGUACCCGAGAAGCCUUCGUACGCGAUCGCAUAUCCGCCGGAUGCGGUUGCCGCACCCGCUGCCACAGGCGAACAGAUCGUAGGUAGUCAGCUGAUCGUGCAGCCUGCAGGCACCUACAGCCAAAACGAAGCGCCCACGACCCGCUCGCCAUCCGACCCCGGUACCACCCCUCGCUCCUGCCCGACCAAGAUCGUCAAGUGCAUCCCGCGAGCGAUGGCCAGCAAGAGCAAGCAGACGCGCAAAGCUGGAACCACCUCGAACGACGAGGAGAAGGACACCGUCGCCGGCCCGCUGGUAGCAGCGUUCAGACAAAAGCGUCCUUUUCAGCUUAACCCGUUCAGGGGUUUCUUCCAGCGGUUCCGCAGGAUAUAAGAGGUCGCUCUGUACGCGGUUGCCCACAGUAUCCUGCCACCGAUCUCCCUCUCUCGUCGUUGUUCGUGUGACCUGUGCCGUUCCUCCUUGCGGCAGCAACAAACCCAGCCUCGUGUAGAUUAAGAGCUCGCUUAUAUUUUUUGUUUCUGUUUUGUUGUAAUUGUGUCGCGGCGCACCUUGGCGUCCAGGGCCAACAUUGGUUCGGAUGGGAAAUGUGAAUGUGUAAUGUGCCUCCCGGCUGCGCGAAGAGCUUUAGAAUAAACUGACCGAUGUCGUCCGCGGGCCACGGUUCACGGACGAUUGAAGUUGCAUUUUUGUA